AUGGAAUCAACAUCAGAGAUGGUCACUUCAAAUAAUGUUACAUCGACGAUUGAUAAACCUAUCCAGUUAACAGAUCCACCUAUUUCCACUGGUUGUGGUGGAAAUGAAAAUAACACCAAAUCCGACCACGACCACCACCUCCAAGAUGACGCUGCUGACGAUGCUGGUGCAAAUGCAAAUGCAAAAGAAAAUGCAAAUGCAAAUUCAAAACAACCAACACCACCACCACCAACAAAAAAAACAACAACAACCAACGAUAACAUACCUCCUACAGCAGAGGGUGAAUUCACUCAUGAAGCAAACGGUAGAUUGUCAUCGUCGAUAGAUUUCAUUACGUUGAAUAACAAUAGUAGUAGUGUCGUUGAUAACCUACUCUCUUCUUCAACCGAAUCAACAACAUCAUUGUCAAGUAGUAGUGGUAGUAGUACUGCUCUGUUGACAACAACAACAACUGAUCCUUCAAAUAAGCAACAACAACAACAACCAGCUGCUAAAAAGAAUAUUAAACAACCAGCAGCAGCAUCGGCAGCAACAGCUAAACCAACUCCACAACAAUCGCAAAUUCAACCACAACAACAACAACAACAACAAACAUCAUCGAGCAUCUCAGCACCACCAGGUCUAACAGAAGCUUCACUACAAUCACCUGGUGGCGAUAAUGGAGAGUUAAAUCAAAUGGUAUCGAAUAUAUUCGAAGGAUUUGCAUUCGUAAUCGAUCUCUCUAUCAACUUGAAGAGAAAAAUGGACCUAGUUAAGAUCAUCAAGCGUAAUGGUGGUAAGAGUUGUUAUUCAUGUAGUCCAAAAUCAACACAUUUGAUUACAACACAACAAGGAUUCAUAGAUAAUACAGCCAAAGUUCAACAAGCAAUUACAUUGGGUAUUCCUAUUCUUGUAAAGGAGUUCGUACAUCACUGUGCAUUCAAAAGACAGUUGUUAGACAUUGAGCCAUACAGAGUAACCGCCACUUCUGUACCAUUUGAUUCUAACAUAUUGGGUUCGUCAAUGGAUAUGCCAAUUCCUCCAGAAUUUAGUUCUCCACCUCCACAAAAACAACAACAAUCAUCUCCAAACAACAACAACAACAACAACAACACUCAUCAUCCACAAUCCCCUCUAGUCAAAUCACCUGUUUUCCAACAACAACAACAAUCACCAACAACAACUACUCAACAAAACAAACAACAAUCAACUAACAAUGGAGGUAAACCUAAUAUCUAUCAACUAAAAGACUCCAAUGGUAUUGAGAGAAAUAACAAUCUGUUCAAUACGGUCUACAGUAGUGCCGAAGAGGAUGAGGUUGAAGAGCCUGAGGAGAAAGAAUCCACUACAUCGCCACACAAGUUGAUGAUCGAAGACAAUCUCAAUAGAAUUCUUCACUUUGAUGAUCCACAACCAUCAAGAACUUCUAACAACAAAUCACCUUCCACUAUCACAACCAACACUACUACCGUCAAUAGUAACAAUGAAAGACUUUCACCUUCAUCCUUUACAUUGUUAGAGUCAUCUUCAGCAUCUGCAAGAUCACCUAUUCCAACUCAACAACAACAACAACAAUCAACAAAUAAUGUUGAAAAAGAUUUAAUGCGUUUCACAGAGUUUGAGGGUGAUUUCGAGGAACAAGAGUUGGGUGGUUCUAUCGAGGAGGAAGAAGAUCAUCAUUUGACACCGGGCGAGAUGAUCGAUACUCAUGGCAGCGGAAAUGAGUUGAAUCAACAACAACAACAGCAUCAUCAUCAUGACUAUCUUGAUACUGCAGCUGCUUUAUCCUCGGCGACCAGAGGAAUCACAGCACCACCACCUGACCUUCUUGGUGGACAUCCUUUAGACCCAAAGCUUGAAGGAAAAUAUCAUUUCAGUACCAUCACUAAGAAACAACAACAACAACAGGAUCCGUUUACAAAUAAUAACACUAGUGUAGCCGUCGAAUCAUUACUAUCUAAUCAUUACCACGAGGAGAAAUUGAGUAAGGAAUCAGAUGAAUUAUAUAGUUCCCCAAUAUUUUCAUCAUUCCACAACGAUUUAUUCAAUCAAAUUUAUUCACCAUCCAGUAAUGAUCUAAUUAAUGGUAAUAGUUUUCAUGGAAUUCCAGUUAUUACAAAGAAUAUUAUCGACCAAGAUUCAAACACCAGAAUUUAUGUUGGUGGAAUCUCUUUAGGAGAUUUAGAUAUAUAUACUGAAAAAGAAAACUUUAAAAAACAGAGAAUAUAUCAUCUCAUAUCAUUGUUUAGAGAGUUUGGUAAAAUUGUAAAGAUACAAGAGUUUUUGGAGGAUCAAUACAUUUAUAUCACCUACGACACCGAGUCCGAAGCAAAGCUUGCAAUUCAAACAUUGAAAUCGAGUGCAACCAGGACCUAUCUUACCGACCGUAUCAAGAAGAACUUGCAAUCACUCGGACUUCCUACAAUCAUUUCACCAUCGAAUGAUUUCCAUGUGAGGAAAACAAAGCCAAUCUCUCCAAAGAGCUCUCUAAACUCUGUUCCGAUCAGCAGCAACCACUCUAUCAAUAGUAUCCAACAACACGCAAAUAAUAAUAACAAUAGCAACAACAACAGCAGUAGCACCAAUAUCAGCAGCAGCAGCAACGGUCAACACUCCAACAACACUCCUUCAGCAGCAGUAGCAACUUCAUCGUCGCAAUCAUCAUCGUACAAGCGUGGCACCAGCAAGGGAAGCGGUGCAAGCAUGCGCAAUAGAAGAGCCAGCAGCAAGAGCAGCUCAACAACAACAACUGCAGUGGCAUCGACUACCACCUACAACAACAGCAGCAGUUACGACAACGAUUACGAAGAAGAUGAAGAAGAGGAGUAUGGAGACGACGAAGAAGAUGAAGAUGACGAGUCCGAAUAUAGCGUUUCAGAGAUUUCAGAGGUUGAUGAAGCACCCGUCAAAACUAAAAAGAUGGGUAGCAGUAAUCAUCCAUCAUCUUUAUCAUCCCAAGUGUCUGGCUCAAAGAAAAAGAAAAAGGUCAACUUUUUGCCUCCGCUUUCUGUGGUUGUCCAAAUCAUUGUUACUUUUAUCAUUUUAAGUGCCUUCUUUAUGUCAUUGCCUCAAUCUUAA